AUUAGAUUAUGUCACAUGAAAUGUUAAAUUUAUAUACAUGCAACAUUUGAGCAUUGAGUUGUUUGGUUGCUUGGAAAUUUAUUUGAUUUGUUUGAUUGCAAAUUUGGUAUCUUUGAAAAGUUUAUUAUAUUCUGCAUAGAAAAGAGAUACGCAUAGAUACAUCUACCGUACUUCGUCUGCUGAAUUACAAGAUAGACGAAUAUACUUCAUUGCUACAAAACAUGGCUUUGAAAAAUCAUUCUUUCGAUUCAGAUUGCAUAACAUUGACGAGAUUUGUACUUGCCGAACAACGAAAGAUACCAACUGUUAAUGGAGAUCUAAGCCAACUUCUAAAUAGUAUACAAACUGCAAUAAAAGGAAUCAGUUCAGCAGUGAAAAAAGCUGGUAUUACAAAUAUGUACGGGAUAUCCGGAAAAAAAAACAUUCACGGAGAAGAAGUAAGAAAAUUAGAUAUAUUGAGCAACGAGUUAUUUAUAAAUAUGUUAACAUCUUCGUAUACAACUUGCGUUCUUGUAAGUGAAGAAAAUGCAGAUGUGAUUGAAGUGGAGAUUGAAAAACGUGGAAAAUACAUAGUAUGCUUCGAUCCUUUGGAUGGAUCCUCUAAUAUUGAUUGUGUAGUAUCAGUUGGUUCGAUAUUUGGGAUUUAUAAGAAACCAAACGAAUUGAAGGAGCCUUUAAUAGCAAAUGUUCUUCAAUCUGGUAAAAAUUUAAUCGCUGCUGGGUUUGCACUCUAUAGUUCAGCAACUAUAAUAAUACUUUCGGUUGGCCAUGGAGUUAAUGGUUUUACUUAUGAUUCAGCGAUCGGGGAAUUUAUUUUAACGGAUAAAAAUAUACAAAUACCUUCUAGAGGAAAUGUCUAUAGUAUUAACGAAGCACACGAAAAUUCUUGGAAUACAGCUAUCAAAGCAUACAUUCAUUCAAAGAAAUAUCCUAACAAUGGGAAAAUGUAUAAUGCUAGAUAUGUGGGCUCUAUGGUAGCUGAUGUGCACAGAACGUUAAAAUAUGGAGGAAUAUUUCUUUAUCCAGCAGUCAAAAGUUAUCCGCAAGGCAAACUGCGACUUUUGUAUGAAUGUAUACCAAUGGCCUAUAUAAUAAAACAAGCCGGCGGUUUAGCAUCGAACGGAGAAAUUGAUAUCUUGGAUGUAAAGCCUAAAAAAAUUCAUCAAAGGUCUCCAUUAAUUUUGGGAUCGCAAGAAGAUGUCCAAGAAGUUUUACAAUACAUUAAAAAAUAUAAAGAUAAUAAAUAGUGGAAAGAAGAAGAUAAUGAAACAUGGAAAAAAAUCCUCCAGGAGCAGGUCCUGGAGCUGGAUAAGUUGCUGUUCCUUCAUAUCGUACCAUGGGCCUGUAACCACCAUUGUCGGCGAUGUAAUCGACAAUUUGUGUUCUACCAUCUGGUAAUAAUACGUGAUAAGCUCCAGUUGCUUCGUUAUCUUUUCGUGAUUCGUGAUGGCCAAAAUUUAGUCCAGCUACCGCGUCCUCGACUUCAUAUGAAAAUUCAUAAUUUGCCGGAUCCUAUGAAAAAAGAGAGACAAAAAAAAAAGAAGACGUGGAAAACUAUUUUAUAUCAAUCACAAAUUAAAUUCUAAAGGAGAAAAAACUACUUACACCGACCCAUUCGUCAGGAUGACCACCAGUAGCUGGACGUGUUCCUGUAGGUGGAAGGUAGGCAGGUCCUUGAGGUUCGCUCAAAAUUCCUACCGACAUCAUUGUUAACAGAAAUGCCUGUAUAAAAAAAAAAUCUUUUACAUUUCUUUCAAUCCAAAAAGAAUACAUUAUUUAUGAGUUAAUUGUUUAAAAAAAGAUUUAAAAAAAUUAAAAGAUAUUUUGUCAAAAUGAGAUUUAUGUUUAAUGUUUCUCGAUAAUAUGAUUGAAAAAAUGCUAUUAAUAUUGAUUGAUAAAAAAUUCUAUUGUUUAUGAAGAUCUUUAAAUAUCCCGUAAGAAAAAUUAUAACUAAAAACAAACCUUUCGAAUCAUUAGCAGGAUCUUGCAAGUCUUCACCGAAAGAAAAUAGCUUAAUGUUACGAAGACGGUGGAUUUUAUACCAUGUUUCAGGUUGCGGGUGCGACGAAAUGGAGAUGGAAUCACAGUGAUUUGGGGGAACUUUAAUACGAAUCCAUAUCUAUAAUUAUAGUUAAUAAUAAAACCGCAUUGCCUUUCUGGCUAUAUAA